AUGGUGGAGGAGGGCAUUUAUCGCUCCAGUUUCCCUCGAUCUUCAAAUUUCUCUUUUCUAGAAACUCUGAAUCUUCGAUCCCUCGUAUACUUGUGCCCCGAACCUUAUCCACAACAAAAUCUAGAGUUUCUUCAAUCGCAAAAUAUUCAAUUCUUCCACUUUGGUAUUCAAGGCAAGACGGAUCUUUCUGUGCCUGUCGUUAAGGAUUUGAUCUUGGAGGCCGUCAAAGUUUUAAUUGACGUGAGAAAUCACCCUGUUUUAAUCCACUGCAAUCAAGGAAAGCAUCGAACUGGUUGCGUCGUUGGAUGCUUCAGAAAAUUGCAGAGUUGGUGUUUAUCUUCUGUGUUUGAGGAGUACAAGCUAUUUGCUGGUGCUAAAUUCAGAACAACAGAUUUAAAGUUCUUAGAAACGUGA